AUGGGUUCAUCUAGCGGCUCUCACUCUACCAACCACACACGGUACUCUUCGCCUCGAGGCGGCAUAUCCCCCUACGCAGCGCCGUACACGGACCGUCGAGCGAACUCCUAUCACAGCGACUCUAGGGGCGGCAUGAUGAGUGACCGAGACGGAACCGAGGAGCCCAGCACGCAGCGAAAGAGGAUCGCGGUCGCGUGCAUGCGAUGCCGCAAGAGAAAGAUUCGGUGCACGGGAGACAGCGGAAACGGCCAGCCGUGCCUCAACUGCAAGAACGCUGGCUAUGAGCCCUGCCAGUUCCUCCGGGUCUCCUCCCACGAAACCCACCUCAAGAACGAGCAGUUCUCCUACAGCCUUGACGUCGCCCGCAACUUCCAGGCCCGCGGUCCAGCCGUCGUGCCUCCGAUGCCCACGACCCCCUUGCCGUCCCCGUACCCAGACGCCCUCAGCAUGCCCAGCGGCGACGCGCUGUCGUAUAGGAACGGCUCCGCCUCCGCCUACGCCUACGGCAGCAAGUACUAUCCCAUGUCGGCCUGGUCCGGAGGGUACGCCGAUGACAACAGCAUGGAGUACUCGGUGUAUCAGCCGUCGUACCCCCAGGACGCGUACAUGGUGGGCGCCUAUCGCAUGGGCUCGAGCCCGCCGGCGUCGAAGCCGUCGAUGUACGUCGAGCCUGAUCCGGCCUCUGCCUACGGCUAUCCCGCCGGCCCUACCUCUGCUGCCGUUGGAUCUGCUCCCCCGACGGCGACAAUGGUUCAUCGCCCUGCUGCCGGAGCCGAGACAAAUACGGGGUACGCCUACGGAGGCAUCGCAUCUCUCAGCAACCCGCUCGCCAACAGCGACAGAAUGUUGCCAACGCCGUUGGCCCGCCCCCUGACCAGCGCUCCCCAGCAGCACCAGCACCAGCACCAAAACCAACACCAGCAUCAGCAUCAGCAUCAGCACCCCUAUCGAGCCGAGUCCAUCUCCUCGGCCUAUAGCAAAACAUCCCAGUCCUCCACAGGUAGCUCCUCCCCCGCGGCCCUCUCCGAGCCAGCAACCGCCUACACCCCCUUCGAGAGCUCCCCCCUAUCCUCGUACCCAACACCCACCGCCUCCAACUCGCACCUCCACCGCAGCGAAGCCUACACCACGGCCGCGAACGCGUCCCUCGACUCCAUCAUGGCGCCAUCCGAAGAGCCGACGAGGAUGACGGCACCAGAGAUGACGUACAAGUACAUAGACACGACGAGGCGCUACGCGAGCACGUACACGGGGGCUGCUGCUCUGGGCGGCUAUCUGACGAGCAGCCACGGGCAUUCGCCGUAUGGAUUGAGCGGCGAGGAGAAUGAGCGCAAGUCUGGACCCCUACACCCAAAGAGAAAGCCUCCUCGCAAAAAAGAACCUCAACGCGGCACAACGCCACCCUCGUGUCUCGCCUUUGCGAAACCCACCCUUUCUUCUGACUUCCACACGAGACUGGGCCAUGGAAGCCACACGAAUCUCUCAGGGUCAAACACUGAGAGAAUAGAGACCCCUUACCGCCGAGCACCCACACUCCUACGGCAGCUGAACACUCGGCUUAUCCUCUUUUCUUCCACCCAUCUCGGCAUCGACCAGAGACGCACAAGAAGCCAAGAUGCUGGCGGCGGCCUCUUUUACUUUAUUGGCCUUCUACGAGAGAGUGAAGCACGACUUGAACUCUGA